CAAUGGGAGCGGGGCAUGCAAAUGAGCAGGUGCAGCGGCGAGGCGGCUCUCGGAAGGGAUGUGAGAGGCGCGCUGGGCGGCCUCAGAGCAGACGCCGGGCUUCGGCUUCGAGCAGCCAGCUCCGCUCUCCCGCCAUGGCCCCCGCUCCGCCCCCUGCCGCCUCCUUUUCACCCGCCGAGGUCCGGCGGCGCCUGGAAGCCGGCGCCUGCUGGGUCCGCCGCGGCGCCCGCCUCUACGACCUCACAGACUUCGUGCGGCAGCACCCGGGGGGCGAGCAGCUGCUGCGGGAGCGGGCUGGCCAGGAUGUCAGUGCCGACCUGGACGGGCCCCCGCACCGGCACUCGGCCAACGCACGCCGCUGGCUGGAGCAGUUCUAUGUGGGCGAGCUGCAGGUAGACCCUCAGGAGCCUGUGGAGAAUGGUGCUGUAGCCUCUACAAACACUCAGAAGAUGGACCCUAUAAUGGAGCCCAAGUUCAAGAUGGUAGACUGGGACAAGGACUUGGUUGACUGGCAGAAACCCUUACUAUGGCAAGUAGGCUACUUGGAGUAUGAUGAGUGGGUACACCAGCCAGUAGCCAGGCCUAUACGCCUCUUCUACUCAGACUUCAUUGAGACUUUUACCAAGUCUGUCUGGUACAGUGUCCCCAUCAUCUGGUUACCCCUGGUGCUAUACCUUAGCUGGUCCUGCUACCAAAUCCUCUCCCAGGGCAAUGUCCGAAUCUUCUCAUCCUUCACCACAGAGUACUCAGUGGCUGUGCCUAAGUCUGUGUUCCCUGGUCUCUUCAUCUUGGGGAUGUUCAUCUGGACCCUACUAGAGUACCUUAUCCACCGCUUCCUGUUCCACAUGAAGCCCCCCAGCAGCAGCUAUUACCUCAUCACGCUGCACUUUAUUGUGCAUGGCCAACACCAUAAGGCACCCUUUGAUCAGUCCCGCCUGGUCUUCCCCCCAGUGCCAGCUUCUCUGGUCAUCGCCUUCUUCUACAUUUCCUUGAAGCUCCUCCUGCCCAAGGCAGUGGGGGGCACUUUGCUUGCUGGAGGUAUCCUGGGCUACAUCCUCUAUGACUUGAUCCAUUACUACCUGCACUUCGGCUCCCCACACCAGGGCUCCUACCUGUACAACUUGAAGGCCCUCCACGUCAAGCAUCACUUUGCAUAUCAGAAGUCAGGAUUUGGCAUCUCUACUAAUAUUUGGGAUAAAAUUUUUCACACUCACAUACCGGAAGAACCCCACUCAAAGAUGCAGUGACAGUUCCCAGUCCUGCCACGCUGCCCUCAGCCCAACCAUAACCCCUGCCACACCCCUGACCCCAUCCAGACCCUGAAAAGAAGGUUCGCUUGACCAACAGGAUGGGCUUUGUCUGGACCUUGGGCUUGAUGGAUGGCACUAGGGAGGGACCUUGAAGACUGAGAGUAAUCCUGAGACUAGCCUGCUGACCUGCCACACAAAGAUCACAGCCAAAUGGCCUUCAGAGACUAGCUCUUUCCUAGAGCAUCCAGACCUUCUACCCAAGUCACCACUCAACUCAAAGCCAGUGCUCACAGGACUGCAUCACGACCUGCCAAUGGGAAACUCUUCCAGGGGAAUGAAGGAAACUGAACCCUGGGGCCUGAUCCAUGUCCCACCUACAUCUCAGACCCUUGGACUUCUUAGAAACCAACAUACACACACAGUAGAGCUGCCAAUGUUUGAAGCAAAGCCCAAGGCCUUCAGGAUUUGUGACCCUCAUGCACCCCACCCUCCUUUUAGGGGAGAGGGAGUGGUGUCUGAGAGCUGUGACAGGAUGACAGUGAGGUGGAUGAGGGCUUUUACAAGAAGAGCCAGCAUGAUGCCUCCCACGAGCCAUCCUUAACUCUUGAGGGGCACCUUUGUCCCCUGCAAGCCACAGAUGCCAGCUGGACUGCCAGAUGCCUCCUCCAGCACCCUCAGCGCGUGGCCUUCACCUGCCUGUGCAGAUGGGCCAAAGGGAGCUGGCAUCAGUUCGGGUUGGCGAGAGCCCAGGCCUCUUUCUUUAGGAACCACCAGCUGCUCCAGCUGCCUCUCCUCCUGCUUCCAGAAUCACAAAGCUUUCCCCAAGGGAGACUGCAGAGGCAUCUCCAUGGGUGGAAGCCACCCCUACUCUGUCCAGUCACCUUUUACUGCUGCCUGGCAGUGGGGGCCCUGACCCCCUUACUCAGGACUCUUGUAGCUAGUGCCUCCUUAACCUAAGAGGGAACCUGCAUACAGUGCCUUAUCUCCCCACCUCCUUUGCUUUCCUAGACCCUCUCCCAGCAGAUGAAGUCCCCACCCUUUCUACCUAAUAACCAAAAUCCUUGCUGUUUAUAAGAGGUCUUAUUUAUAAACAGUAGCAGCACCCUUAGACUGGCUCUUGAACAAGUAGCUGCUCGGAAUGUUCUUUCUAAUCCUCCAUGUUGAACUGAUGUAAAAGAAGAGAAAAAAAAAAAAAGAAAAGAAAUUGUUCCCUUCUUACCCAUAAACAUUUACUACUUGAAAUGUUAAAAGCUCAAUGAGUGUCAAAACUAAAGAGGAACAGUUUGAUCAGUCCUGUGAUUUGUACUGUUUACUGUGGAGUUAUUUAAAGAUUUUGGAAUAAAUAUACAAAGUAGAGUUGUGAAAUAAAGGUGUAAAUAAAUUGUAUAUUUUGAAAAAUAAAAGUAUGCCAAAAGAAA